AAUCAUACAUUAAGGUUUUCCACGAGAUUCUUUUUCAGCUUUCUCAGACAAUGGCUAACAAGAACAACAUUGUCAUCGUAUUCGAUUUCGACAAGACGAUCAUCGACGUGGACAGUGAUAAUUGGGUCGUCGAUCAACUUGGCUUCACUGAUUUGUUCGACCAGCUUCUCCCCACAAUGCCUUUUAACUCUCUCAUGGCUCGGAUGAUGAAGGAGCUUCAUGAUCAUGGCAAAACCAUUGAAGAAAUCAAACAAGUCUUGAGAAGAAUCCCCAUCCAUCCUCGUGUCAUCCCUGCUAUCAAAUCUGCUCAUGCGUUAGGGUGCGAGCUGAGAAUAGUGAGCGACGCGAACACGUUAUUCAUCGAAACGGUCCUUGAACAUCUCGGGAUUCGUGAGUAUUUCUCUGAGAUUAAUACAAAUCCUGGACUUGUAGAUGAACAAGGAAGGUUAAUAGUAUCUCCGUACCAUGACUUCACCAAAUCCUCCCACGGUUGCUCUCGUUGCCCUCCUAACAUGUGCAAGGGUUUGAUAAUUGAGAGGAUUCAAGCUUCUUUUACCAAAGAAGGAAGUAAGAUGAAGAUGAUUUAUCUUGGAGAUGGUGCUGGUGAUUACUGUCCGAGUCUUAGUCUCAAAGCUGAAGAUUACAUGAUGCCAAGGAAGAAUUUCCCGGUUUGGGAUUUGAUCAGUCAAAACCGGACCUUGGUCAAGGCCACGGUUAGAGAUUGGACCGAUGGUGAAGCUAUGGAGAGAAUACUAAUGGGAAUAAUCAACGAGAUUAUAUCAUCAGAUGAAGAGGAGAUGGAGAAGAUGUUGAGCUCUGAUCAUUGCAAGAUAUCGGUUGGGAUUGUUCACGAGCCUUUGGUGCCUCUUGCUCUUCAAGUUCCCCUUAAUCUCGUUAAGUGAUUUAUGAAGAGAACAAAGAAUCUGAGAUCUUUUUGUUUCCAAUAUAGUAUUAUAUUCUUCAUGCACCCGAGAAAGAAUGUAUAAGAUGUCUAACAUUGAAGGGUUGAUACGUA